GAUCGUCAUGCGUGAGGAAAGCAGAAGAUUCGACCUCCGUCGGUGCUACCUGCAUCGAGACAAUUCAUAUAUUUCUCUAUUGGAUCAUCUCUCUCUCUCUCUCUCUCCAAUUUCUUGACGUCAUAAAGGGUUGGAACUCAAAGGCUUCGUAGAUCUCCUCCUCCUCGUGAGCUUCCCAUCUCCCCCGUCGAAAGCUCUCCCCAGGAUGGGCAGCACCGGGCAUGAGGGAACCGCUUAUGGUGCUUACACUUACGAGAACUUGGAGAGGGAACCAUAUUGGCCUUACGAGAAGCUCCGAAUCUCCAUCACCGGUGCCGGAGGCUUCAUCGCCUCCCACAUCGCGAGGCGUUUGAAGAGUGAGGGACACUACAUCAUCGCUUCCGAUUGGAAGAAGAAUGAGCACAUGACCGAAGACAUGUUCUGCCAUGAGUUCCAUCUCGUCGAUCUAAGGGUCAUGGACAACUGCCUCAAGGUCACUAGUGGCGCUGACCAUGUAUUCAACCUUGCUGCUGAUAUGGGAGGAAUGGGUUUCAUCCAGUCCAACCACUCUGUCAUCAUGUACAAUAAUACUAUGAUCAGCUUUAACAUGCUUGAAGCUGCAAGAAUCAAUGGUGUCAAAAGGUUCUUUUAUGCUUCCAGUGCUUGCAUCUAUCCUGAAUUCAAGCAGCUGGAGACAAAUGUUAGUUUGAAGGAGUCUGAUGCUUGGCCUGCUGAGCCUCAAGAUGCUUAUGGGUUGGAGAAGCUGGCAACAGAGGAGUUGUGCAAGCACUACAACAAGGACUUUGGUAUCGAAUGUCGCAUUGGCCGGUUCCAUAACAUAUAUGGCCCCUUUGGAACAUGGAAAGGUGGAAGGGAGAAGGCACCUGCUGCUUUCUGCAGAAAGGCUCUCACUUCUACGGAUAGAUUUGAGAUGUGGGGUGAUGGUUUGCAAACCCGAUCCUUCACUUUCAUUGAUGAAUGUGUGGAAGGUGUUUUAAGAUUGACCAAGUCAGACUUUCGGGAGCCGGUGAACAUUGGAAGUGAUGAAAUGGUGAGCAUGAAUGAGAUGGUGGAAAUUGUUCUUAGCUUUGAGGACAAGAAGCUUCCCAUCCAUCACAUUCCUGGUCCAGAGGGUGUUCGUGGUCGAAACUCAGACAACAAUCUGAUCAAGGAGAAGCUGGGAUGGGCUCCAACUAUGAAAUUGAAGGAUGGGCUGAGGAUCACAUACUUCUGGAUCAAGGAACAAAUCGAAAAGGAGAAGUCCCAGGGCCUUGAUACAGCAAUCUAUGGUUCAUCAAAGGUGGUGGGAACUCAAGCACCUGUGCAGCUGGGAUCACUUCGUGCAGCUGAUGGAAAAGAAUGAAAUUGGAAAGCUUGGGCAUUACUUUUGUCGCCUGUAAGGGGUAGUAUGGAGUUCAUUUAUUUGAGCUGAAUUCAAUAUUUGUGGCCUGUUUCAUGUCAUACAGAAUAGGUUUUUUUCUAAUCAUAUUAUGAUUCUGUUUGAGGAAAGAAUGGCUCUACCAAAGGCUUUCCUGUUAGCCUUCAUGACCUUAUUUCCUCUAUAUGAGAAUAAACGAAUUGUUAAUCGGAAAUUUUCCUCUUUUGAGUUCU